AUGCUCGCGACCUCGCCGCACUGCGCUGCGCCUGGUCUUGCGGGUCUACCAUUACCCCAGCUGAAGCGCAAGCGCUCUGAUUCUAGUGAUCCCACCUCCGCUCGAGAUGCCCCGGUCGCAACUAAGCUACGCGCGGAUGACACGCCCUCUAGCCCCAUCAUCGUUAAACAAAGCUUCUCCCCAGCCGUCAAUAGCACAAUUACCGUGCCGCAUGAACCUGGGGGCGACGGUCGCGCCGAGCCAAUCUCGGAGUCGUCGCAUACGUCGCAACCUGGUCAAAGCGCGAUCGCGUCGGACUCACCAAUUACGAAUCAGGACAUCACCCCCCGGAAGAUCGACGCGGAUACGCUGCGCGAGACACUGGAAGCACAACUGAGCCUGGAGGUGUUGUUGAAGCACAACGAGUUGCGGCUGAUCGAUCAGGAGAUCGCCAAAUGCCAAGUUGCACUGGAGCAACUCCGUCGGUGCGCCGAAAUACCAUACCCUGGAUCGUGCGUGGCGGGCUAUUCGCCAUCUGUCAGCAACGGUACGGGCGCGGCGGUAUGGGCUCCUGAAAAUGGGCCUGCGCCGCAAUCUCCUGCACCAUGGGGUGUGAUGGAGGGCCCUUAUUCGCGUCACUACACCCGAUGGCUACUUUCUGAUCCUCGGUUCGACGGCGGGGAUCUCGAUCCCGGCACCCCUCUGGCCGGAUACCCUUUGCUGGAAGGUCGUACGACACGCGGAAGUUCAGGGGAUCUAGGUUACUUGGCUGGCAAGACGCGACCGCAGCGUGGCUCGGGUGGUGCGAAGCUUCAGUCUCUGCCCAACGGCUACCCGCCACCGAAGGAGAAGGCUGGGCCCAUGCUUAUUCGACGAAAAUCGGAUAAUGUUCUGGUGAAGCUCGUCUGCCUGGACUGCAGGCGGGACAAUUUCUCCAGCACGCAGGGCUUCAUCAAUCACUGUCGUAUCGCGCAUAACCGGAACUUCGCCAGCCAUGAUGCAGCGGCGGUGGCGUCCGGCGAGCCCGUCGAAGUCGAUGAGGCUGGCGCCAUUGUUGGUGGCAAGAAUGAGAUCUCCUGUGCAUCCACAGCCGGUUAUGUUCACCCGUUGAUUCGGUCUGCACAUGGGAUUGAGCCCUCCAAAACGCCGUCCUCUGCAUCUGAGGCCGCGGGUGACCAGGCCACUCCCCGGAAGCGAUCUGGCCUGAGCCAACGGGCAUCGUCCGGGGUGGAAACUCCUCGUGCACCUGCCCGUCCUCCGUCGGGCGCUGCCACUGGUGGCUGGGGUGAUUCGUUCACGGGCUCUCCUGCCACGCCUCACCUGUCAUCUCUUUUGCAGUCCCGGGGCGUGGACCUUGACCUUGACCGGUUGGUUGGGGAGGCGAAGACCGUCGUUGAUCUUGGCGAAUACUCUUCUGACGAGGGUGAGUCAGAGUUGGAGCCUGUGCCACCCCCGGCGGCGAUGAGUCACGAGCAGACGGCGGCUGCCGUCCGUGCGGGCAGGCAACCGAUGCGGACAACAGCCUCGCAGGCCGCGCCCCAACGCCCCGGCAGCCGCAAGGGGCUCGACAAGACGACUCACAAACCCCCUCCGUUGGAGUCACUGACCCCGACCAAACCGGCUCCCUAUCCAUCCUCCUAUGGGCCCGUGCCUUGCUCUUCCCGGUCGACCCAGCUAGACGAGCUGCGGGAGGAACGCUCGUCCAACCUCAGUCCGAACACGGUCGAGUCGAACCAAGCGCCGAGUCUGGUUAGCGAUGAUGACGACUAUGAAGCGGCUUCAGACUCGGAGAGCCCUGGGCCUAGCUCGUCCGAAGCGGGCGAUCCGGAGGACUUUGGUCAUAUCGAUGUAGAAGACGACGAGGACAGCACGGCAUCGACGGCAGCGCCAGAGGGCAAGUCGGACAUGGGGAUGACGAGCGCGGCUCCGCGUCCGCAUCUGGCGAAGUCCUUCCGGCGCGGCAAUAUCUCGACACAACAAAGUUUCCUUGUCACAGUCAUCUGCAGACGAAACCCCUCCUCACCCACCACCAUGGAUCUCAACCCCCAGUCCAUCUCCAAAUCCACCUUUCAGGACCUCCUUACCCUCUACCCGGUCACCGUGGAAGCCCGCGCGCGCCACAAAGCCACCGAGAAGAUCCUGUCUCGCAAGUCGUCCUCAUCCACAGGCAAGAAGACAAAGACGAAACAACCACCACCAGUGACCAAUGACUCGGGACUCCUCACCGCGGACCAACAAACCCACAUCCAAACCGAAGUGAAGGAAUUCUUAUCCCUGGAUCGAUUCCGCUAUGAGAUUUUGCCUGGUUUAGUGGCUGCUCGAGCUAAAGAUACAUCUGGAGGUGGAGGUGGGUAUAUAGAGAAAGAUGAGUUGGUGAAAUUAAUGGAAUGGAAGAUGAAACACGGCAUUUUCCGGCCCGCAUUACUGGGGUUGAUUCGCUCGAAUCCCGAGCCCCUGGUCCGGAAGGUUACGGGGGAGGCGUUUGCGGCGCUUCAUAACACUCCUAGUACUACUAAACUAGGAGAAGGGGAAGAGGUAUUCCCAGCACAUGCAUUGGAUAUGCUGGUGAAGCCGUUGAGGGGCGUGGGGGUUGCUACGGCGUCGUUGAUUUUGUCUCUGGCUACUAGUACUGGUGGUAGUGGGGGGGUGCCGUUUUAUAGUGAUGAUGUGUAUUUGUGGGUGUGUUUGGGGGAAUCCUCGCCUGGAAUGGGUGGAGAGGCGGAAGAGAGGGUCCAACGGGGUAUCUAUAAACGGGUGAAUGGGGAGUUGAAUGUUAAAUAUGAUGUGAAGGAGUAUCGGGGGUUGUGGGAGGGGGUGAUGGGGUUGCGGAGGUUAUUGGGAGAAGGAACAUGUUUGGAGGUGGAAAAGGUGGCGUUGGUGGUGAGGUAUCGUGGGUUGGAGGGGGUGAGUAGUGGUGGUGGCAGUGGUGGUGACGAUGAUAAGCAGGUAUCCUUUGAGGGAAAGGAGAAGGACAAGCAGGAGAAUGAUAAGGAGAAGCAGAAUAAGGGGAAGAAGACAGAGAAGAGGGGCGAGAAGAGAGCGUUGGAGCAGCCAGGAGAGGAUGGCACUGGCAGACGGAGGAGCAAGAGAUUAAGCCGGGGAUGAGAUCGAGGUGGAGAGUGGACCGUAUCAAGAUUCAUGCUGCCUAGCUCCAUAUCAAUAAAGUCGUUGGAAUUUGGAUAUGAUUAGAGAUGAUCAUCAGGCG